CGGCGCAUGCGCGGAAGUAGCCGAGGUGAAGUUGCGGCCGUGUGAGAAUGUCAGAAGGCGUGCGUGGCACCAUGCUGUCCCCCGAGGCGGAGCGGGUGCUGCGGUACCUGGUCGAAGUGGAGGAGCUGGCCGAGGCCGUGCUGUCGGACAAGCGGCAGAUUGUAGACCUGGACACCAAGAGGAAUCAGAACCGAGAGGGCCUAAGGGCCCUACAGAAGGACCUGAGUGUCUCUGAAGAUGUGAUGGUUUGCUUUGGGAACAUGUUCAUCAAAAUGCCUCACCCAAAGACGAAGGAAAUGAUCCAGAAAGAUCAGGAGCACCUGGAUAAAGAAAUAGAAAAGCUCCGGAGCCAACUGAAAGUGAAAGUUAACCGCCUCUUCGAAGCCCAAGGAAAACCAGAGCUAAAGGGUUUUAACCUGAAUCCCCUCAACCAGGAUGAACUUAAAGCCCUCAAGGUCAUCUUGAAAGGAUGAGACUCACAGCAGGAUGGGGCACCUGCGACUAGGAGCUCCCCACCCCAACCCCUGGCCUUGAGACCUGCAAGAACAGGAUUGUCUAUUUAAGGGGACAGGCAUCAGGAAUGUGACUUCUGUACAAAUCUUUUUCUGUAUGCUUGGCUGCUUUGUGCAAGCGAGAACCCUUAGUCUGUUCUGAGAGCUUGGCCUGGCCACCAGAGCUUGGACACAAGACCUAUUGACAAACCUUGGCAGCUGUCAGUAGGUGUGUGGGUGUGUGAGAAUGCCUGCAGCCAACACUUCUCAACAGAAGCCUGCUGUUCAGAUGGAGGGAGAGGGCGGACCUGGAGCUUCAUUCCAGUUUUCUGCGUGGUGAGACAUUUUCAGGCAGUGUGUGUGUGGCAACUGGAAUAAAGCAGGAAACUGACCAUUCACCUCUGCGUGAAGCAGACCUAGUGCUCCUCACCAGCUGCAGGGCAGACACAUUCAUUUCCCCACUGCUCCAGCUCGUCCUUUUUCCUGUGGGCUUUCUGUAGUAGGUGCUGCCAGUCCCCCUCUGUGGUUGCUCCUGAGGUAGGAGUCCUUACGGAGCUCUGGCCCAGGGUUGGCGAGCAGUGUCCUUCCUGGUGUGACUCUACCUGGAGCAGCCUCCUGACGUCUGAGAGCAGGGUGGCCCACGAUCAUAGUGUGAGUGUGGCGUGAGGUCAGAGUGUGAGGUAUGAGAUCACAGUGUGAGUGUGGCCUGAGACGAAAACUGGCCUCUGGUCCCUGCUGCUCAAUAAACAUGAACAGAAUAAGCACA